AAUGAAACUUUGGUUAACCAAAAGUAAAAAUUUACAAAUAGCAACAAAACGUGUUGAAUAUGAUUUACCACCGAAAUUUAUUGGCAAUACUCAAUUAGCUUUUAAAAUCGAUGAAUCAAUUGUAAGUCAAGAAGAAGCACCAAGUUUAUACGAUCAAAUGAGACAAGUGACAAAAGAUUAUCGUCUAUGUGCAAUGACUUUAUAUGUUCAAACAUGUACUCGAGAAUAUGAAUUGUUAACAAAUGAAAUUAAACAAAUCGUUGAAGGUAUUCCACAAGAAAACGACGAUGAAGGCGGUCAUGCUGUAUUUCUACAUUACAAUGGAUUACGGAGUCGAGAGCAACAACAACAACGACAAUACGUUCUCGAUAUUCCAAAUAAUAUGAUUAUUUCAAGUCAACCCCAGCCGAUUCGAUCUUCUAAAACGAAGAGAAAUUAUGAUCGAUCAGUCAAACGGUUAAAACAUAAAUUUCGACUCGCCAACAUAGUAUUACGUAAAACAGAUAAAUCCAAAGUAUUACAUUUAGGAAAGAUCGAUGAUUAUGACAAAAAAUCUAACGAUUAUAUGGUUAAAACACAAGCAUAUCAAUGUCUUGGUACACAAGAUCCAUUACCCGAUUUAAUUCAACGAACAAAUAAAUACUUACCAGAUCUCCGAUUAGCCAAAUAG